GGUGAAAUGAUCCGGACUGUGACAGCUCCCCGGAUCUGCGCAAGCGGUUGCGAGUUGUGGCGGAAGCUUUCCAUCGGUGCACCUGCAGUGUGUUGGACGUGUCGGUCCGGCUUCUCUCCGUGCGGCUCACGCUGCACCUGCGCUUCUGAUGCUUCCUGACCUGAUGAGUAUUGCCAGCAUUCUUUAUUGUCUAAUUUGAAUGCUGGUUUGAUAAUACAUUUGGUUUCUGGGACUUUACAACCCUGUAAUCGUCAUCUUGGUUAAUUAUGGCUGAAGGAGAUGCCAAUAACUCGACAAAUGGUAAUGUGACUUACCCAGGAGUAGCACCAGUCAAGUCUCAAUACCUGAUUAGCAAAGAUGAAUUCCAUGAAUAUCUUAAUAAUGGAAAGAAGAAAGAUCUAAUACUUCCUGACAAUUUAGAUGGAGAAAUUACUGAAGAUUCUCUGAAGCAUGAAUCAAAAAAAAUUAAAAUCGAUCAAAGUGAUCAAGAUGCAAAUGAAUCCGAAAAGAAUAGCACAGAAUUAUGUCAAAAUAAAGGCAACUGCAAGCAAAGUAAUAGGAAGGCCAGAGGCCAGAAUAAAAACAGACCUCACAUGAAGCCUAACCAGUAUGAACAUGAUCGAAAGUUGUGUACCUCUGUAUUUCGAGAACCUCCAGGAGAAUGUUACUAUGGUGAAAAGUGUAGAUUUUUGCAUGAUGUGUCAAAGUAUUUGGCAUCUAAGCCUGCUGAUCUUGGAGACCAUUGUUACUUGUAUGACACAUAUGGAAGCUGUCAAUAUGGCAUUUCCUGUCGAUUUGCACAAUCUCAUAUUGGGCCAGAUAACAAGAACCUUAUUAAUGAGGAUCUUAAGAAAAUGUGGGAGACAAAAGUGAUGGUGAAAAAUACCCUCAGCAAAGAACUGCAGCAUAUCCUUCGUAAGAAAAAGUUUUCUUUUCCCAAAUCUGAGCAAUAUUUGAAAAAGUUGAGCAUAAAAAAUGAAAGAAGAAAACAAGAUAAUUCAGAAGAAGAAACUACAAAUGAAUCAGGAAAACAACAUAAUUCAGAAGAGAAACCUGUUUCCACCAAGGUUAUUACAGAUAUGACAGUGGAGAUGGAGUCAGCUGUUAGUGCCUCAAGUGCAGCCAUGGAAGAAAACUGUGUUUGUGUAGCACCAAAUGAUAAUGUAAUUGCCGAGUCGCUGAAUACUUUUGCCUCUCCAGGAAACAAAUUGGAAGAAAAGAUGACUCCUAGUUCAGGGAUAGAUGUAGCUAUUCCCAUUUCUGUUGAUGAGAACAAACAAAUAUCCUCUGCAAAAAGAUUAGGUGUUAUGACUGAUGAAGAUAUCAUAAAGCUUCGAUCCUGUGAGAAGAAACAACUGAACUUCAGAGAUAAGCUGUAUCUUGCACCACUGACAACGUGUGGAAAUCUUCCUUUCCGUCGAAUCUGUAAAAGAUUUGGAGCUGACAUCACUUGUGGGGAGAUGGCAAUGUGUACAAACCUUUUGCAAGGUCAGUCUUCAGAAUGGGCACUGUUGAAACGUCACCACACAGAAGACUUCUUUGGAGUUCAGCUAGAGGGAGCUUUUCCAGACACCAUGACAAAAUGUGCCGAGCUUUUGAACCAGAGCAUUGAUGUUGAUUUUGUUGACAUCAAUGUUGGCUGCCCAAUAGAUUUGGUGUAUCAGAAGGGUGCAGGUUGUGGUCUAAUGUACCGUGUGACCAAAUUGGAACAGAUUGUAAAAGGAAUGAAUUCUGUAUUGGAUGUUCCAGUGACAGCAAAAUUAAGGACUGGUAUACAUGAAAAGGUCAAUAUUGCCCAUAAAAUAAUACCUGGCCUUAGGGACUGUGGGCUUCCCAUGGUUACACUCCAUGGUCGAUCCAGAGAGCAACGAUACAGUAAAUUGGCAGAUUGGGAUUACAUUGAUUACUGUGCUCAGUUAGCUAAACCAAUGCAAGUCUUUGGAAAUGGUGAUAUUUUGUCAUUUGACGAUGCCAACAGAGCUAGAACAACAACUGCUGUCUCAGGAAUUAUGAUUGCAAGAGGGGCACUGAUUAAACCGUGGAUAUUCACUGAGAUCAAAGAGCAACGACACUGGGAUAUUUCCUCAAAAGAAAGAUUUGAAAUUCUCCAGGAUUAUAGCAAUUAUGGGCUAGAACACUGGGGAUCAGAUACACAAGGAGUGGAGAAGUGUAGAAGGUUUCUCUUGGAGUGGCUGUCAUUCUUAUGCAGGUAUAUUCCAGUAGGUCUUCUGGAACAUAUACCUCAGAAAAUCAACGAAAGACCUCCUUAUUAUUUGGGUAGAGACUAUUUGGAAACUCUAAUGGCUAGCCAAAAUGUGUGUGACUGGAUCAAAAUAAGUGAAAUGCUAUUGGGACCUGUUCCUCCUAAUUUCACCUUUGUGCCUAAGCAUAAAGCAAAUUCCUACAAGUGAACAAAAAAGAGACAAGCUACAAGAAACUCUACUGUUUUCCUAAUACUGUCAAUAUUAAAUUCAUAUUGAAAUUAUGUAUAAUCUCAUGCAAAUCAAAUGCACUGAAUAUGGACUGGAGAGUCACUGAGUUGUGGAGCCUAUUAUUUCUGGCUUCUUGUAAAUUUUAUGUAAUUCUUAACGGUUUUUGGAAAUUUUAAAUAAAUAUUCAUUUACUUUGUAUCCAUAUUUUUACAUUUUCCAGAC